CCCAACAGACCCAAAGAGGCUUAAACAGAGUUAAGAUGGCGGCUUGUGGAUGAGGAGGUUGUACAUUUCAGCUCUCGGCAAAGAAAACACAUUUUUAAACCUAAACCGUGAAGACAAGAGAAACCACCCCCUCGCGAGAUAAUAAUUCACCCGCGGCACCGAGUCCAUGACGUCCAUUCACUUCGUGGUUCACCCGUUACCCGGGACCGAAGACCAGCUUAAUGACAGGCUCCGUGAAGUGUCAGAAAAGCUCAACAAAUACAACUGUAACAGUCAUCCACACCUUAUUCCAUUGGAGCAGGCCAAACUUAAGCAGUGUGUGGUUGGACCAAAUCAUGCUGGAUUUCUCCUUGAGGAUGGACGUAUCUGCAGGAUAAGCUUUGCUGUCCAGCCCGACCGACUGGAGCUCGGCAAGCCCGAUGGCAAUGAUGGUUCAAAGUUGAGCAGUGUCUCAGGGGCAGGAAGGAGCUCCAGGCCAGGCAGGACUAGUGAUCCGCCCUGGUUCCUGUCUGGUUCUGACACACUGGGCAGACUGGCAGGCAACACCCUUGGGAGCCGCUGGAGUUCAGGAGUAAAUGGAGGCAGCAGUGGAGGCGGAGCCAGCAGUGGUGGAGGCGCAGGAGGAGGCAGCGGGAGCGGAGGGGGUGCUGGAGGAGGUGCUGCAGGAGGAGGAUCUUCAGGCCGGUCCUCCACAGCAGCCCGUGAUUCACGCAGACAGACCCGCGUGAUCCGCACUGGCAGAGAUCGAGGCUCCGGCCUUCUGGGCAGUCAGCCACAGCCCGUAAUUCCAGCCUCCGUCAUCCCAGAGGAGCUCAUCUCUCAGGCCCAGGUGGUUCUUCAGGGAAAGUCCAGGAGUGUCAUCAUUCGAGAGCUGCAGCGAACAAACCUUGACGUGAACUUGGCUGUGAACAACCUGCUGAGCAGAGACGACGAGGAUGGAGAUGACGGAGACGACACGGCCAGCGAGUCCUACUUACCUGGAGAAGACUUGAUGUCACUGCUAGACGCAGACAUUCACUCCGCGCACCCCAGCGUGAUCAUUGACGCGGACGCCAUGUUCUCUGAGGACAUCAGCUACUUCGGCUACCCCUCUUUCCGACGCUCUUCCUUGUCUCGUCUCGGCUCUUCACGAGUUCUCCUUCUCCCCCUAGAGCGAGACUCUGAACUGCUCCGCGAGCGGGAGUCGGUCCUGAGGCUGCGUGAGAGGAGGUGGCUGGACGGAGCCUCCUUCGAUGCGGAGCGUGGCUCCACCAGCCGCGAGGGAGAGCCCAGCCUUGACAAGAAGAGCGUGCCGCUGCAGAGCCCCGUCACUCUGGGCGAAGAGCUCCAGUGGUGGCCUGAUAAGGACUAUGUAACAAAGUUUGUCAGCAUUGGGGCUUUGUACUCGGAGAUGAUUGCUGUCAGUACCAAAGGUGAACUGUACCAGUGGAAGUGGAAUGAGCCCGAGCCUUACAGAAACGCACAAAAUCCUUCUAUACAUCACCCUCGUGUCCCUUUCCUGGGCUUGACCAAUGAAAAGAUCACCCACCUGUCUGCCAACAGUAUCCGAGCCACUGUGGCCACCGAAAACAACAAGGUAAGACGACAUUUUAUUUAUUUACAUGUGAAUAUGGGUGGUUUUGACUCUAAACUAGAACAUGGCGCACAAAAUUUCCCGGAGCUGCAGGGAGAGCGUAUCAUCUCUCUGCACUGUUGUGCCCUGUACACCUGCGCCCAGCUGGAGAGCAGCCUUUACUGGUGGGGUGUUGUGCCUUUUAGUCAGCGGAAAAAGAUGCUUGAAAAGGCCAGAGCCAAGAACAAGAAGCCAAAGUCCAGUGCAGGCAUCUCUUCUAUACCCAACAUCAUAGUAGGAACUCAGGUGUGCCUGAGGAAUAACCCUCUGUAUCACGCCGGUGCCGUGGCCUUCUCCGUAAACGCCGGGAUCCCUAAAGUGGGCGUCCUGUUGGAGUCGGUGUGGAACAUGAACGACAGCUGCCGCUUCCAGCUCCGCUCGCCCGAGAGCAUGAAGAACAUGGAAAAGAACACAAAGACGCAGGAGACCAAGACAGAGAGCAAGCCUGAGCUGGUGAAGACUGAAAUGGGCCCUCCGCCCUCCCCAGCGUCCACAUGCAGUGACACUUCCUCCAUCGCUAGCAGCGCUUCUCUGCCCUACAAGCGUAGGCGCUCAACGCCGGCUCCAAAGGAGGAGGAGAAAGUCAAUGAAGAGCAGUGGCCUCUACGAGAGGUCGUUUUCGUGGAGGAUGUUAAAAACGUCCCCGUGGGAAAGGUGCUAAAAGUCGAUGGUGCAUAUGUUGCUGUGAAAUUUCCAGGGACGUCGAGCAGCGUGAGCAGCCAGAGCGCAGCUCCCACUGACUCUGACCCCUCCUCACUGCUGCAAGACUGUCGGCUGCUCAGAAUAGAUGAGCUACAGGUUGUUAAAACUGGUGGAACGCCAAAAGUUCCAGACUGUUUUCAGCGCACUCCUAAAAAACUUUGUAUCCCGGAAAAGGCUGAAAUUUUAGCUGUGAAUGUUGACUCCAAAGGAGUUCAUGCUGUGUUGAAAACAGGCAGCUGGGUACGAUACUGUGUCUUUGACUUGGCCACCGGCAAAGCCGAGCAGGAGAAUCACUUCCCUACUAGUAAUCUGGCCUUUCUGGGCCAGAACGAGCGUAACGUGGCCAUCUUCACUGCUGGCCAGGAGAGCCCUAUCAUUUUGAGGGAUGGUAACGGCACCAUUUAUCCCAUGGCGAAAGACUGCAUGGGUGGAAUACGCGACCCUGAUUGGCUAGACCUCCCGCCGAUUGCCAGCCUAGGCAUGGGAGUUCAUUCGCUUGCCAACCUUCCCAGUAACACCACGAUCAAAAAGAAGGCAGCCAUCAUCAUCAUGGCAGUGGAGAAGCAGACGCUGAUGCAGCACGUGCUGCGCUGUGAUUACGAGGCGUGCAGGCAGUACCUGAUCAGUCUGGAGCAGGCCAUGCUGCUGGAGCAGAACCCUCACGCUCUGGACGCUCUGCUCGCUCACCGCUGCGACGGCAACCGCAACGUCCUCCACGCCUGCGUCUCCGUCUGCUUCCCCGUCAGCAACAAGGAAACCAAGGAGGAGGAAGAAGCAGAGCGGUCUGAAAGGAACACGUUCGCUGAGAGGCUGUCUGCCGUCGAGGCCAUCGCCAAUGCUAUUUCAGUGGUGUCCAGCAACAGCUCCGGGAACCGCACCGGAUCGUCCAGCAGCCGCGGCUUGCGCUUGAGAGAGAUGAUGAGGCGCUCCCUCCGCGCUGCAGGUUUGGGUCGCCACGAAUCCGGCCCUUCCUCCAGUGACCACCAAGACCCCGUUCACCCCCCUUCACCGAUGGAGCCCUAUCGCCGUAACCCAUCGCGAGCUGCUGGUAGUUUUUCGGUCACAGUCCCUCCAGUUGAGAACCGCUGCUCUGUGCUGUGUUUUUCAUUGUCUUCUGAAGGACCUUCAUCUGAACCAUCAGUAGUUGAAUCUAAAGACCGGAAGGCGAACGCACACCUGAUUCUGAAGCUAAUGUGUGACAGCAUGGUCCUGCGACCUCACUUGAGAGAGCUGCUCUCUGCCAAGGAUGCUCGUGGGAUGACUCCAUUCAUGUUGGCGGUGAGCGGGAGAGCUUACCCAGCAGCCAUUACUGUUUUAGAAGCAGCGCAGAAAAUAGCCAAAGGUGAACCGGGUCUUGGAGAGAAAGAGGAUGCGGCGUCUGUUUUCAUGGAGAUGAUCUGUCCUUCAGGAACAAACCCAGAUGACUCUCCUCUCUACGUCCUGUGCUGUAACGACACCUGCAGCUUCACCUGGACUGGAGCUGAACACAUCAACCAGGACAUCUUUGAGUGCAGAACUUGCGGCCUGCUUGAGUCUCUGUGCUGCUGCACUGAAUGCGCCAGAGUUUGUCACAAGGGUCACGACUGCAACCUGAAGCGAACGUCUCCCACUGCAUACUGUGACUGCUGGGAGAAGUGUAAAUGCAAGACCCUCAUCGCGGGCCAGAAAGCAGCUCGUCUGGAUCUGCUCUACAGGCUGCUGACCACCACUAAUUUAGUUACCACAGUGUGCAUACUGGGAGAGCACAUCUUGCUGUUCCUGGUGCAGACUGUUGCAAGGCAGAGUGUGGAGCAUUGUCAGUAUCGACCACCUCGCAUACGAGAGGACAGGAACCGGAAGGCUGCCAGCGCUGAAGACUCCGAUAUGCCGGAUCAUGACCUGGAGCCUCCUCGCUUCGCCCAGCUGGCUCUAGAGCGCGUGCUGCAGGACUGGAACGCACUGAAGUCCAUGAUAAUACUAAGCGCCAGCAGCAGAAUCGCUCACCUUUUACCAGAGGAGCAGAUGUACCUGAACCAGCAGAGCGGCACCAUCAGACUGGACUGUUUCACCCACUGCCUCAUCGUCAAGUGUGCACCAGACAUUCUACCGUGAUUUAUCGACACUCUUUUGGGGACGCUGGUGAAGGAUGAGCUGCAUUGAAUAAAAACAACUCCUCGGUCGCAGGGAGGAGGCAUCAAGGUCACACGCAGGUUCCUGCGCUCCGUGGCCCGAGUUUUUUUUGUUUUUUUUUGUCAUCCUCAUAACUUCAUCCCGCAGCCCAUCGGGAAGGAAAAAGUGCAGGCGGUUUUCCAGGCUCUGUUGCCGUACGUCAGUGGAAGAGCUCCUGACAAUGUGGCGAAAGUCUCUGAUUGUGACGGUGAGGGGAUGGGCAUCGGGCUCGCCCUACAGCUGCCCUUCACUCUGGCCCAGUCACCAGCAUCGACGGCCGUACAGGGCAGCGAAGAGCUCUCUCUGUGGAGCCCCUGCCGCACAAGGACCCUCCCGGAUCAGUCCAGCAGCUCCAGUCAGUCGGCCUCUUCGUACAUCAUCAGGAACCCUCAGCCCCGCCGCAGCAGCCAGUCCCAGACGGCCCGCGGACGCGACGAAGAGCAGGAUGAUAUCGUUUCUGCUGAUGUAGAAGAGGUGGAGGUGGUGGAAGGUGUUGCAGGUGAGGAGGAUCACCAUGACGACCAGGAGGAGCAGGGCAGACGGAGGAAGCGCAGAGGUUCCGAGGGGGCCGGGCAUGAUGAGCACGAGGAAGACGUUGAGGCUGAGGUCCACGAACGAGCGCUAAUAUUUGACUUCGCCAGAAAGGCGAGCGACAUGGAGAUGGAUUUAUUGGCUUGCUGCUGGAGACUGAGGAGUGACAAGCGAGAGUAA